AUGCUUGACGUGCUUCCCCCUGAAUUAUGCGACAUAGCGUUCAAGCAGAUGAUAGACGAGGUUGAUUGGAAUGUGAUGUAUCAUCGUGGUGGUGAGGUACCGAGGCGCGUGGCGGUCGAGGGGGAGAUCGCAGAUGAUGGAAGUUUCCCGAUUUACCGACAUCCUGCAGAUGAGUCGCCUCUGCUUCGGCAGUUUUCCCCAACGGUAGCUACCAUCCGCGAGCAUGUGGAGAAUGUUCUUGGUCACCCCGUGAACCAUGUCUUAAUCCAACACUACCGUAGUGGUGCGGACUACAUCUCAGAGCACUCUGACAAGACAAUCGAUGUUGUGCGUGGAUCGAAGAUAGUUAACGUCAGCCUAGGCGCUCAGCGAGUGAUGACACUUCGCUUGAAACGAGAUGGGGUGCAACAAGCGGGUGACAGUGCUACCCCACGGCCAUCACAGAAAAUUCCGCUACCUCAUAAUUCAAUGUUCGUUCUUGGUCUCGACACGAAUGCGAAAUGGUUGCACGCAAUUAACCAUGACAGACGUCCGAUCCAUUUGAAGUCCGCAGAGGAACAAUUCAUGAACGGAGAGCGCAUCAGUCUCACGUUCCGUCAUAUCGGCACAUUUCUUUCCAGGGAUAACUCGCGUAUAUACGGCCAGGGGGCCAGGGGGAAGUUCUGUGACUCGGAUCACGCAAUAAUUUGUGGCGGAGAGGAAGCUGCGAAGCUCUUGGAAGCGUUUGGUAAGGAGAAUCAGCAGAGCGACUUCGACUGGGAAGAAGUGUAUGGAGAGGGUUCCGAUGUCUUACAUUUUACUUCGAGGGAAAACCGGCCUCGGUGUUAA